AUGAAUUCCAACAACGACACCAGUUCCUCAGGGUCGGGUGGCGGAGAAGAGCCUGACCGAACUGGAACGCAAGAGCCAGGAACAAGACCAACACGCAACAUCAUGGUCUCUAUUCAGUACGCCUUUGUCAGUGGGCUGCGGCUAGGCGCAAAUGGGGGGAACCCGGAAGAAGGCACAGGCGAUGGAGCCACGAUGCCUCCGAUCGGUGACUUUGUUCUCAAUUUUACUGAUGUUCCAGGGACUGCGACCCGUGAACAGCUAGAUGAGGUCGUCGCGCUGGCGUCGGGAGUUGCAGUAAAUCGCAUGAACCGCAGGUUUAAUCGCUCUAGAGGCAUCUCGAAGACAGCUUUUGAGAACCUACCUGUUCUUAAGUUCAGCGCAGUACCGCAGGAGUCGUGUAGUAUUUGCUACGAUGACUUUGAAGAUGAGGCUCCAGAGCCUCAGCCCGAAAACGAGCAGUCCAGGAAGCGUUCCCGAGACCACAAGGCUGAUGACGGAUUGCAUUCUUCAUCAAGCUCUAAAAAGCACAGAAGUGAGCGAGACUCAGGCCAAAGUAGCGAGGACGAUGAGGAAACUGGCGGCGAGGAGCCAACCCCAGCGCCUUCUACUUCGGAGCCACCUAAAGAGAAUGAAGCGGAUACCAACAAUCAAGAAAGUAUAGCCUAUAAGCACUCGCCCUUGAAGCUCCCAUGCGGGCACAUUUUCGGGCGGGAAUGUAUCAGGCAAUGGACCAAUGAACACAAUACUUGCCCUAUUUGCCGAGCGCGUAUCGUUGGCGCAGACGGGCUAGAAGAUCACUCAGUCAAUGAUGAUCUGGAGGACCAAAUUUCUCUUGAGAGGAUUAGAAGGCUUUUGUAUGAUACGUCUCCUGAGGCUCCUGAAAGACCUCAACCCACAAACGAGGAUAACAACAAUUCGACUAGCACUACAACCAGUACCACAACUAACGACGCUGCUAAUGAUACAACCAAUAAUACAACUACUAAUCCAUCUGCUGGAAGCCAAGUUCCAGGCGUUUCCGCUAAUGGAAAUCCUCCGGCUUUAGGAGGGGCAUUUCAUAAUUUCGUAGUGCUCAGGCCUCACCAGCAGCCUGCAACUGAUCCAGCCAACUCUGAACAACCGAACCCUGGUAACUUGCCAACAAACCCGCAUUUGCCUUUGCUGCCUUUGUUGACGAGACAAGGCGGCUUCACCCCGAUCCCUAUUACAUUCAUCAAUCUGCGGAGAAAUCCCCAGGGGCAGCAGCAUACAGCCUCCCGAAAUAACGACGGCCCAAACGAUCUUAACGACUCACAAAUGAACCCAAGCAAUAAUACCCAUCGCGAUAUUAAUACCCAUACGGAUAACAAUCAGGAAAAUGAUAGACUCAUGAAUAUUUUCGAUCACCUCUUCAGCAUUUCUAACAACACCAGGCCUCAGCCUGAAGCUACAUUAAGAUCAGAUGCCACACCAAUGCCGGCCGGAACCCCGGAUUCUUCACAGACUGAUAACCAGUCGAAUUCAGCCGCUCCUAGGCCUAUCAGAAGUCACAUUUUCAACAACUUAUUUAGGUUCGCUAGGAACCUAAGAAAUAAUAGCACGCCACAGAGUGACCAUCCGCUUUCCUCGGUCUCACAGAUGUUUAACACAGGGGUUGCAAGUUUUAGGAAUCAAGAUGGAGUCUCGACUAUGGACUUUAGCGGUGAUAUGCCCACUCCAGCAAAUACGCACCAAAAUCAGUCUGUGCCUACCGAAGAACGUGCUUCAGCACCUAGCAGUGAGAGCCAAGGAAGGGUCAAUGAUUCAUCAGAUUCAGAGGGCGAUCAAACAUAG